CAGAGGCCCUUCUCGUGCGACAUGUGUGCGUUGUCCUUCAAUAGGCAGCACGACCUGAAGAGGCAUCGAGAUACGCACACUGGCGAGAAGCCAUUCGUGUGCAACGGGGGGUGCGGGAAGACGUUCACGAGGAAGGACGCGUUAAAGCGUCACCAG